CAGCUACUAGGGAUACCACCGCAACCGGCAUUGUGUGGCCUGGCAUACCUUUCUACCUGUUCGUAUACUUCCGUAUUCUGUCGUCGGCGAUUUCCGUGACGUCGGCGUCAUGACGUCACAAUUAACCUAUGAUGACUGAAACAAAAGAACUGUAACAUAGUAUGAUCGUAAUUUGAACAUUAUGAUAUCAACUGGAAUUUCGUUAUCUGCAAGACCCGGGACUGGUGCUACAGAUCGGGCGCCUUUGCAACUUGGAUAUGGGGCGCCUACAUUCCCUUCGACCUCUGCUAAAGAUCUGCAUAUACAUGGUUCAGACAGUUCCAGCCGUGAAUGCACUGCAGACGAUCUGGCACGUGGCACCAAACGGAAAUAUGAUGAAUACAAAAACGAAACACAUAUGCUAACACGACAAAAAAUAUGCAGUUACACACAUACUGUAAUUCCUCGUGGAGUAAAACGUAAAUUUGCUUCUGAUCAUUCAGAGCAACCGAGAAAACGGUUUAAAGCGACACCACCGGAAGAUAACAUCGGUCCAUCUGAAAAUGAAACUGAACCAUCGGUUUCCAACAGCACUUCUGACGAAGGAAGCAAUAGCGUCCUGAACAUUGGCAGUUCUGACACUUACUCUGACGACAGUAAAGACAUUUCAGAUUCGCAGCCUGCAGCUGGUGCUUCAAAAGAUCUAUCAAAGGAGGAGUCACGUGACGCAAAAAUCGAGAAAUCAGAAGACGGAAUUUCAUUUCCCAGAUCCUGUGUUUGUAACGUCGGCCACAGUAAACUGCGCUAGACGACUGAACGCGACCUUCCAACAGCAGCACCUUUAUACAGGAGCUUGCUUAUGCGCCGUUUAUACAGCCUGUCCAAUAUGCAAUACACGUGCUGCAAGUCCCGAUGCAUAAGAAGGUACCCACGAGAAAGCGUCAUGCGCGUCAGUUUGCGUCGUAUGACCGAGGACUAUUAUGAAUCGGAUCUACGCAUCACCAGAUACUCGUGGGGUGAGUGGAAGGAUUGACUUGGGAGCCCGCUGAUUUAUGUUUACAAGUGAUAAUUUUCAUCAUUUAGGAUGACUUAUUACAAAAACGAGAAGCUGAAACUUAAAUGAAAAGAAAAUUAUUAUUUCACCAUCGCCCGUACUUUUCCAUGUACUCUCCUUUUCAAAGACAUACGACAUUUUAUGCGAGUAUUGUAAAAGUGAAACACUCAGUAUUAAAAUAUAUUUCAGAAUCUGUCACUAUCAAAUGCAGAGUAUCACUUUAAAAAACAAUAAAACGUGGAAUCUCCCAUAAGAAGUUGCAUAUAUAAAAAGGUGUUUUAACAGCGCAUGAGCGCG